CGGACGGACGCAGAGGCGGGGGAGGACACAGACUGGGUUGGGGCGUGCAUCGGCUCCCGGGACAAAGCCCGCAGCCGCGCUGUGUGAAAGUAACCGCAGGCGGCGCACAUCUAGGAUGCUCACCGACCGUUUGAGCAGGGAUAAGACCACGCGGAGGUUCAUUGCUGCUUAGAAGGGGAUUUUGGUCGUUGGGGGGCUGGUGGAACAUUGCUCUACAGGCUGCAAAAUCUCCUGAGCGACGGGUCAAGUCAAAGUCACUUGUGUGGCGGAAAGAGCGCAAGGACUCCUGGGAGAUCCCCGUUUUUCUUGUCAUACCAUCAGAGGUGUUUGGGAAGAGCUGCAGAAAUGAUGGCUGAACUCCGCUGUUGGGACAGCCACGCACUUGCGUCUGGGAGCGACGAGCAUCAUCAUCAGCAACACUCAGGGGACAAACAAACACGCGACUGUCUUUAGGGAGGAAUUCUCCGCUCCAGGCUUUCCCGUUGUCAAUGCUUUGUCAUCGGCGGUUGGAUAUUGGCCUUUAACGGGCGAGCGCAAGAAGGGGGCGCGGGGGUGUGGGGGGUCUCAUGUGGAGAGCAAAUGUUCGCGUAACGCGGCAGUGCGCCGGUUUAGCGGCGUUUUCUCCGCUCGUAAGCGCCGUCGCAGUGGAUCUCGAGCGGACGCUGGGCACCUGGUUGAUUUCAACUCUACUGAUCCUCACUCACGUGGCCCGACAGACCCCAAAAGUGAGCGUCGCACAGUGAACGGCGAGACAACGCAAAGAGAAAAGUGGACUAUUGUUGUCUCUAAAAAAGAAAAAACAAAAAAAAAGUUCCUGAUCCGGAGUGGGAUUAUUUCACGCAUUCUUGGCUGAGAGGAAUUGAGCGAAUGGUUUGGCAAGAGUGGAGAUAACUGGAGAAAUAACCUCUACCACCAGCGAGGAGGCGAGGGAGACGCACAGGUUGGGCUCCCUCCCUCCAGGCUGCCCAUCCUAACCUAUUCAUCUGUAAGUCACUGCAGAUGUUCUUCAUGUUGACCCGAAUUAAAUCAAGGCACACUUGAUACAGUCGCCUUGUUCCCCGUGGCCGAUCAUGGAACGGCUGUGGUUGUCUUUGCUGUUGCUGGUGGCAGCAGGAUGCAAGGGGCAGCAGUGUCCAAAACGUUGUAUGUGCCAGAGCCUGUCACCAUCGCUCGCUAUCCUCUGCUCCAAGACAGGCUUGCUAUUUGUUCCUGUUGCUAUAGACCGACGCACCGUGGAGCUUCGGCUUCAAGAGAACUUCAUCACAGCUGUCCGUAGGAAGGACUUUGCCAACAUGACCAGCCUGUUGCAUCUGACUCUGUCUAGAAACACCAUCAGUCAGCUCCUUCCUUCAGCUUUUAGUGACCUGCGGCGACUUAGAGCACUCCAUUUAGACUCAAAUAGAUUAACUGUUAUUAAGGAUGAUCAUUUCAAAGGCCUGACUAACCUUCGCCAUCUAAUUCUGGCCAAUAACCAGCUUCACUCCAUAUCUCCCCAUGCUUUUGAUGACUUCCUGUCCACACUAGAGGAUUUGGACCUCAGCUACAAUAAUCUCGCAGAAGUUCCUUGGGACACAGUUGGACGCCUAACAAAUGUCAAUACCUUAAAUAUGGAUCAUAACCUCAUUGAAAAUGUUCCCCAAGGAGUUUUCACCAACCUACACAAGCUUGCCAGGCUGGACAUGACAUCCAACAAACUGAAAAAAAUUCCUCCUGACCCUCUGUUCCUGAGGAUCCCGGUUUAUGCAAAAUCCAAAGGCAGUCCCCUGUCAUCCUUGGUUUUGAGUUUUGGUGGAAACCCUCUCCAUUGCAAUUGUGAACUUCUGUGGUUGAGAAGACUGACCCGAGAGGAUGACUUGGAGACGUGUGCUUCACCCCAAGACCUUAGUGCCAAAUACUUCUGGACAAUACCUGAAGAGGAAUUUAUCUGUGAUCCGCCAGUGUUAACCCGCAAGUCACCUCAAACUGUGACUAUGGAGGGCCACCCUGCCAGUCUCAAAUGUAAAGCAAAUGGGGAUCCAGAACCAGAAGUCCACUGGAUCAGUCCUGCCGGGCGACUAAUAUCUAAUGGGACAAGAACACUGGUUUUCCCGAAUGGAAGCUUGGAGAUCAAUGUCACCUCUCUAAAGGAUGCAGGGAACUAUACCUGCAUUGCCUCAAAUGCGGCAGGUGAAUCCACAGGAAGAGUGGAACUGGUUGUUAGACCAAUGCCCCAUCUGGCAAACAGCACAAGCCGUAGCAGAGACCCGUCAGAGGCCAGAGAACCUGCUCCUUCUGACAUCCUAACCUCGUCUAAAGUCUUGAUGCCUAACAAUGAGACGAGAGCAGGAGAUCGCAGGGUUUCCUUGGUGGAGCUGACAGGAAACUCUGCCCUCAUUAGAUGGAGCAGUCAGACACCUAUGUCAGGAGUCAGGAUGUUCCAGGUCCAAUACAACAGUUCAGGGGAUGACACAUUGGUGUACAGGAUGAUUCCCUCCAGCACCAAUGACUUCCUGGUUCGUGACCUCGCUGCUGGGAGAAGCUACGACCUGUGCGUCCUUGCCGUGUUCGACGAUGUCGUCACCUCACUGACUGCAACACGUCCUCUGGGUUGCUUGUCAUUCACGACAGACACAGAAUUCAGCCAGUGUCAGGCAUUACACAGUCACUUCUUGGGAGGGACUAUGAUCAUCAUCAUCGGCGGAAUUAUAGUGGCUUCUGUUCUGGUUUUUAUUAUUAUCCUGAUGAUAAGAUACAAGGUUUAUAGCCACCAAGGGACAGCCCAUGGAAAAGCUGCCAUUUCAACAACUGUGCCAAGACAGCAGAGCAAUGGGCAAGGGGGUCAGGCCCAAGUCCUGCCUCGCUCUGCUUCAGAAAUGACUGACAGUCAGGACGAGGCAGCAGUGGGCCCAUCUGGGGCCGUGUCACCUUGCGACACCCUGAGAGACACUGUUGCAUUGGUUGUGGAGGAGGCUAGUGGGCGCAACAUCAUGAUACGGACUGAUUCUACGGCCAAUGAGGAGUUGCUCUCACCCAGUAAGGCCCGCUUCAGCUCCAGGGUGGCCAUUGAGAUGAAAAACAGACCGCCAUCUGUCGCCAAAGAGCCCACCUCCCCCAAGGAACUGGCAGAUGAAGGACAGCCUCGUAGUGUCGAGUGGAGACAUUUUAAGAUCUGACUGUCUUCUGGCCUCACAAUGAGAUGGCUCCAAAGAAACCCUGAAGUUUUUGUUCCGUGUGGUUGAACUGAAAAGAAGACAUUACCACCAUGGGGAACAAGACAAAACCAAGAAGAAACCACCCCUGUCUGUUUAGCUUGCUUCCUGUACCCAUUGUUGUGUUGCCAUCUGGUUUACCUUUUUCUAAUUAUCCCGGUUCUCAUUUCUGGAUUGGAUUACCAUCUCAGUGCUUGCCAAUGGUGACUGACCAGUUCCUGAAAGAUCCACCUGUUAGUAUGAUCAUCAUGAUCACCACUAAUGGAAUACAUUUUACAAUCAUGAACGCAGCAAUCUCCUUAUUUAAGAAAAAAUACAAGACACAGUCAAAGUUGAUGCUGCGGACUACAGUGAAUAGUUUAAAAAAACAACAACAGAAAAGCAUACAAAUAUGUCGUGACAUAAAAUGCAUAUCCUGUAAAGGAUCUCCUCUCCAAUUGGACAAUUACCGAGUUGAUGAGGAAAGUAGACUGGCUGCAUUUAGAAUUUCCUUCGACUUGGAUCUACAAAUGCUGACCACUGGUGUUUUGGAUGUAAAAACUGCUCAUACAUUAAUAGCCCAGAUUGCAGCUAACAUUAGGAGCACUGACAGUCAACAUGUAUUCCUUCUAUAUAAUCACGUGGUGAAAUGCAACUUUGUAAAAGGAAGAUGAGCCGCUGUGAAAUGGAUUUUAACUUUGACACAACCCUUGCAUACAGUGGUUCAUUCUGGACAAUUCAUAUCUGAAGCGUAAUGAUUUGACUCUCAGAGAAAGAUGAGCCUUGCCUGGGUUCUGGAUGUGAAUUCCAAAUGUUCUGUCACUAGUCUUGCACAGACUAAGCUGGACUAGACCAAGCGGACCAUCUUUUGUACCAGUCUAAAAAUUUCCACUGGAUUGGACCGCCAAGGACCUCAAACACUCCCUUGCAACUUUCUGGGUCCCCUUUAAUCCAGGCCCAGAUCUGUCAUAUCUGAAGAAAAAAAGCACAGUUCUCCUUGACAACAAAAAGAGAUGAAAACAGCAGUGCAUCAGUGUCAGUCAUCUAUCAUCAUUCUUUUUAACCUUUAGCCUCACUGUCAUUCAGUGUUGUUGAAUAUUUUCAUGUGCAGAACAAAUAUGGUAUGCGAGUAUAUUGACAGCAAAUUGUUUACAGCAUUGUUUGCGGUAGGUCUCGGCUCCAUUUACAUCACGAUCGCAUCGUUAUUGUCACCAUGGAUUGGAGUGUGUGCCCAGCAUGAAUUACCUAACAUCUCAUCAUAAGUUUCAUUUGAUUCCUCUGGAGAGUUUUCCAUUUGUGUAUCUUGGAACACGCCGCAUGAUCCACCUGAUUAUCACUUUAAUCUUCCUCACGCUUUGGCCCAUGCAGGUGGAAUUCAGGAUGAAUAAGUACUGUUUCUGAUAUGUACCACCCAUGUCUGUCUCCAUUGAAAUUAUGUUCAUUAGAGUUAUGAUCCCCAUCAUUUCAGAUUAUUUUGGAAGAAUACCUGCUCCAGAAGGAAAACUGUGAUUCUUUUAACCUCUUGCGGAAGAGACUCACCCACAUUCUUCCUUACCAACACACGUUCCUUCUGUGUAUGCUUUUUUUCUCCUUUGGUCUCUAUCUUUUGUAUGUGUAUAUAAAGCAAUUUCAAAUCUUAUAGUUUUGUACAUGUACUUUUUAUGGUGUGUGAAUAUUUUAAUUAAAAAAAAAGAAGUGUGGAUUUUCCAA